UCUCUCUCUCUCUCUCUCUCUCUCUCUCUCUCUCUCUCUCUCUCGCCUGUUUCCCUUCUUCUGCAUCAUAUUUAUAUGUAAACUCAUGAAGUCUACAUACAUGUGAUAUACACACACUAAGACAGAAAAUAUGAUGGAUUUGGAUGAUAGCAUAGAAUGCAUUUCAACUUCUGAUUUGGAUGAAUCUGUUCUGUCUCCUCACUUGUCUUCAUCUACAAAGCCCUAUUUCAACAAAUCCCCAAAUGGGUUUAUUCAUCGAACCACAAGUGUUCAUGAGCUUCUUGAGUGCCCUGUUUGUACUAAUUCAAUGUACCCACCUAUUCACCAGUGUCAUAAUGGUCACACACUAUGUUCUAAGUGUAAAACAAUGGUACACAACCGUUGCCCCACUUGUAGACAGGAGCUUGGUGAUAUAAGGUGUCUUGCGUUGGAGAAGGUAGCUGAAUCCCUUAAACUGCCUUGCAAGUAUUGCUCCCUGGGUUGCCCUGAGAUAUUUCCCUACUACAGCAAGUUGAAACAUGAAGCUGUCUGUAAUUUUAGGCCAUACACCUGCCCAUACGCUGGAUCAGACUGCUCAGUUGUUGGGGAUAUUCCAUAUCUAGUCAAUCAUUUACGGGACGAUCACAAAGUAGACAUGCACUUGGGAUGCACCUUUAAUCAUCGUUACGUCAAAUCCAAUCCACGUGAAGUGGAAAACGCCACCUGGAUGUUAACUGUCUUCAAUUGUUUUGGACAGUAUUUCUGUCUCCAUUUUGAAGCUUUUCAGCUCGGCAUGGCUCCUGUAUAUAUGGCUUUUCUGCGAUAUAUGGGUGAUGAGGCAGACGCUCGAAACUACACCUACAGUUUAGAAGUUGGAGGGAAUGGCCGCAAACUGACUUGGGAGGGUACCCCGCGAAGCAUAAGGGAUAGUCACAGAAAGGUUAGGGAUAGCCACGACGGACUCAUCAUUCAGCGUAACAUGGCACUCUUCUUUUCUGGGGGCGACAGGAAAGAACUGAAGUUGAGAGUUACUGGGCGUAUAUGGAAGGAACAGCAAAACCAAGAGAUCGGAGUGUGUAUACCAAAUAAUUGUAGCUAGGACAUGUUAAUUGGCAUUACUUCUUUCUCUCGUGUCGAUGUUUUCGUGUGCUGAACUUGAGUUCAUUUUAUCAGCAUAGUGAAAACAUGAAAGUUGUUAAAUUAUGUACAUGAUUGCCUGCUGUAGGUUGAAUGCAUUAUUUAAUAAACUUUCUUGUUACCCAGUUGCUGAUACUGUAAGUUAAGACCAGAAGACGAUGUAUGAUUUUGGAGCAGGCGUAUGAAUGAAAAUCUCUCUUUCAUCA